AUGCUGGCGUAUUACGGGAAGAAGGUGAUCGUGGUGGAAUCGCAUUACGCCGUGGGUGGUGCCGCGCACGGGUUCGCGCGGAAGACGGCGCGAGGGGAAUUUAAGUUCGACACCGGGCCGAGCUUUUUCGCCGGUUUGACGAAGCCGAACGCGUUGAAUCCGCUGGCGAGCGUGUUUCGCUUGCUCGGGGAGGAGUUGGAGACGGUGUCGUACGACCCACUGGGGACGUUUCACAUAGAACCUGACGCUCCGGGUCUUCGCAGGCACGCGGAUCUGGCCAAGCUCGUGUCGGAGGUGAAGCGGUUUUCUCCGCGAGGCGCCGAAGAGCUCGAACGGGCGGUGCCGAAGAUUCGGACGAUGUACGCCUCGCUCAGCGGUCUGCCGACCACGGCGCUUCGCGCGGAUUGGAAGGUGGCUCUCAUGAUCUUGAGUCGAUACAUGAAAGCCAUGGCGGGCCUGGGUCCGUACUCGGGCGUCCUGCCGCAGCCGACGGUGAAACUUUUAGAUUUUCUGGAUAUUAAAGAUCCUUGGAUGCGCUACUUGGCCGAUUUAGAGUGUUUUUUGUUGAGCGGCGUGGACGCGAGCGGUACGGUGAGCGCUGAGUUUGCCGCCGUGUUCGGGGCGAGUGAUAGUUUGGGCGUGAGCGAGUUUCCUCGCGGCGGCGCGGAGGAAAUCGCCAAGGCGCUGCAGCGAGGCUUGGAAAAGUACGGCGGCGAGGUUCGUCUGAAGACGCACGUGGAUGAGAUCAUCGUAGAAAACGGCACUGCGGUGGGCGUCAAGUUAGCGAACGGUAAGGGAGAAGUUCGUGCUCCGAUCGUGCUCUCGAACGCGAGCGUGUGGGACACGUACGGAACUCUCCUUCCGAAAGGCGCCGCGCCGGCGACCGAGACGCGUGAAGCGAUGGAGACGCCUUACAGCGAGUCGUUCAUGCACCUCCAUCUCGGCAUCGAGGGCGAGGGCUUAGACUUCACCCACACCGGUGGUCAUCACGUCGUGGUGUUGGACAAGAGUAAACCGAUCUCGCAACCCGGGAACGUGUGCAUGAUUUCAAUCGCGAGCGUCUGGGAGCCCGACAUGGCGCCGGCUGGGUGCCACUGCGUGCACGCGUACACCAUGGAACCUUUCGAAGGCUGGGAAGAGCUCAAGGCGAACGACAAACAAGCGUACGAAAAGCGCAAGAAGGAGGCUUCGGAUAAGUUAUACGUCGCUCUCGAGCGCGUGAUCCCCGACGUACGCGAUCGCGUGCUCCUCGAACUCGUCGCCUCGCCGGCGACGCACAAAUCUUGGCUCCGUCGUCACAAAGGCACGUACGGCGCCGCCAUUCGCGCCCCCGCGAUGUUCCCCGGUCCCACCGUCGCCGGCAUCAAGAACCUCUACCGCGUCGGCGAUUCCGUCGCCCCCGGCGUCGGCGUCCCCGCCGCCGCCGGUUCCGGCGUCAUUUGCGCCAACACCCUCGCGUCCCUCGACGACCACUUCGCCUGUCAGGACCGAAUGGAUGCCUUAAACGCGCGAUGA